AUGCGUUGGAGAAAAAAAAAUGUUUCUAUAUUCAAACCAAAGAAAGAUGAAUGCGAGUUAUGUACUGCUUAUAAAUCUGGAAACUUACAACAAAGUGAUUAUGAUCAUCAUGUUGCAAAAAAAGAGGAAGCGAGAGAUGAAAAGGUCAAGGAUAAAGAGACUGAGAAACAUGUCUUUGCAAUGGACCAACAAGCGAUUUUACUUUGCCCCAAGUCUAAUGUAUCCAGUCUUUACUACAAAAUGAAAUUAAAGGUGCAUAACUUUUGUAUGUACAACUUAAAGACCAAAGAGGCUUACUGCUUCCUAUGGAAUGAGACAGAAGGCGGUGUGAAUGCUGAGGAGUUUGCAUCAAUUGUUGCAAAGCUUUUAAAUACAGAAGUUUGUCCCUUUUUACAAGAUGAUGACAGGAGAAUAAUUAUUUACAGUGAUGGAUGUACUUCACAAAAUAGAAAUAGCGUGAUGGCUAAUGCUUUAUUGAAUGUAGCUAUGUUAAACAAUGUAGUGAUUGAACAAAAAUUUUUGGAAAAAGGGCAUACUCAAAUGGAAGUAGACAGUAUACACGCUUGUAUUGAAAGAAAAAUGAAGGCUAAAGUAAUAAACCCUCCUGCAGAGUAUCUUGGUGUAUGUAAAGAAGCAAGAGUGAACCCAAAGCCCUAUAACGUGCAUUAUUUGACACACGAAUACUUUAACUCAUACAGUGACUUGGCAUUUUUCAAAUCCAUUCGACCUGGGAGGAAGCCCAGAGAUCCAGUCGUAACAGAUAUUAAAGCACUAAAAUAUACUUCGAGUGAAGACAUAUUUUACAAAAUAAAAUUUUCAGAGCCUUGGUCAACUUUGCCACAACGCAAAAACCCUGCUGUGGUCCCAAAAGAAUUAAGUGCCUUACCAAAACUCUACAAUGAAAGGCUAAAAAUAAAAAAGAAAGUAUGA